UAUAAGGGAAGCCAUGUUUGGCGUUUGUCAGAUUUUUUAAAAUACAUUUUUCACAAUUCGUGAUAUUUUGUUAGUUAGGAGUUGAGGUUGAUAAAAGCCUUCAGACGUUUCAAUGAAUUCCAAUCCCGACAUUUCGCGUAGAAAUCCCCAAGAGGAUUUCGAGAUAAUUCAGCGGAUAGGAAGCGGUACCUACGGUGAUGUCUACAAGGCUCGAAAUGUCACCACUGAGGAGCUGGCUGCCAUUAAAGUCAUUAAACUGGAACCUGGUGAGGAUUUUGCAGUUGUGCAGCAGGAGAUUAUCAUGAUGAAGGACUGCAAGCACUCCAACAUUGUGGCUUAUUUUGGGAGUUACCUAAGAAGGAAUAAAUUAUGGAUAUGCAUGGAGUACUGUGGAGGUGGCUCCCUUCAAGACAUAUACCAUGUAUCGGGGCCUCUGACGGAAUCUCAGAUAGCUUAUGUUUCACGUGAAACACUACAGGGUCUAUACUAUCUACAUAACAAAGGAAAGAUGCACAGAGACAUAAAGGGUGCCAACAUUUUGUUGACAGACAAUGGGCGUGUUAAAUUAGCUGACUUUGGAGUAUCUGCACAAAUUACAGCCACACUGGCUAAGAGGAAGUCCUUCAUUGGAACACCUUAUUGGAUGGCACCAGAAGUUGCAGCAGUUGAGAGGAAAGGAGGCUAUAACCAACUUUGUGACAUUUGGGCAGUGGGCAUAACUGCCAUUGAACUUGCUGAGCUUCAGCCACCCAUGUUUGACUUGCACCCUAUGAGAGCCCUAUUCCUCAUGACAAAAAGCAAUUUCCAACCACCAAGAUUAAAAGACAAAAUUAAAUGGACCAAUGAUUUUCAACAUUUUGUGAAGAUGGCGCUCACAAAAAAUCCAAAGAAGAGGCCUUCAUCUGAUAAGUUAUUGCAGCAUCCUUUUAUCGCACAGCCCCUCAGUCACACUCUUGGCAUUGAGCUGUUGGACAAGGUCAGCAACCCGGACCAUGCCUCCUACUCUGACAUUGAUGAUGAUGACACUGAGCCUGAGCCUCCAAUGGCAGUGCCUCACCGGAUUCAGUCCAUCAGUAGAAAUGCGCGUGAGGAGAAGACACUCUCUGAAAUUAACUUGGGCCAAGUUAAGUUUGACCCUCCAUUGCGGAAGGAGACAGAACCUCAUCAUGAGCCGCUUGACCCAGAUGAUUUUUUGGACUGUGUGGAAGAGAUCUACUACACUGCAAGAUCUAAUUUGCAACUCAUUGUUGAGUUAGACCUAAAGGAACUUCAGAUGGAUUAUGGACAUGGAUCCUCUUGUGGUUCCUUUCUUGGAGGGAGUAUGGUCCGCAAUGCCUCCUUGGAGGACAAUAGGGAAGACCAUGAUGAGCAUUCUACACAAGAUCCUGAGGAUGAUUAUUGGGGUAGAAAUAGUGAUAAAGAACAAUCACAAAAUAAAGCAUUCACCAUGAGACCUAAAGUACCCCCACCACCACCUCCUCAGACUGCAGCUAACUCUUUGCCUCUCGUCUCUCAGCCCAAGAGCAUCUCCACCCCUCAAGUGGAUCUCACCAGUGACCAUGAUGGCAACCAUGACACUAUCAUGUGUUGUCCAGCCACGGACAGCCCCGAUCUACCAUCCGCCUGUAGCCCUCCUCAGCCAUUAUCCCUGCAAACGCCCCCACAAAAACUCAGCAGCUUAGGCAAUGGAGUGAAUUUGACUGAUGAGAGCAGAAAGAAGGAGACCUCAGGAAAGGAGAAGCCGUCUUCGUCUCCAAGUGAUCCUGCACGAAAAGACAAAAAGGAUGUUGUGAUACCUCUCAGCAAUGGACUACCUCCAACUCCAAAAGUCCAUAUGGGAGCUUGCUUCUCUAAAGUCUUUAAUGGUUGCCCACUGAAAAUCCACUGUGCCACCUCCUGGAUCAACCCCGAUUCUAGAGAUCAACAUCUUAUAUUUGGAGCUGAAGAGGGUAUUUACACUCUAAACCUGAAUGAAUUACAUGAAACAUCAAUGGAGCAGUUGUUUCCUCGGAGAUGUACAUGGCUGUAUGUCAUGAAUAACAGCUUGCUCUCAAUAUCUGGAAAAACCUCACCUCAGCUGUACUCUCACAAUUUGCGUGGCCUUUUUGAGCAUGCUCGGCAUGCCAUUCCAACUCACAAAUUUCCUGACAAGAUUAUUCCCAGGAAAUACACUGUCUCCAAUAAGAUUCCAGACACAAAAGGAUGCCAGAGGUGUUGUGUAGUAAGAAACCCAUAUACUGGUCAUAAGUACCUCUGCAGUGCCUUGCAGUCCAGUAUCAUUCUUUUGGAGUGGGUCGAAUCCAUGCAGAAAUUCAUGCUGGUUAAGAGUAUAGACUUCCCUUUACCCUGUCCUCUGGAGGUGUUUGAGAUGCUGGUGGUCCAAGAUCACCAGUACCCACUCAUAUGUAUGGCUGUCAGCAAAGGCACAGAAUUCAACCAGGUGGUUCGUUUUGAGACAGUAAAUCCAAACUCCACAUUAUCAUGGGUCACCAAAUCAGACAUACCUCAGAGUUCUGUAAUACAGUUAACUCAGCUGGAUGGAGAUACCAUCUUAGUGUGCCUAGAUCACUACAUCAAGAUAGUAAAUUUGCAAGGCAGGCUGAAAUCAAGCAAGAAACUAUCAGCAGAACUCACAUUUGACUUCCAGAUCGAGUCUAUAGUUUGUCUUCAGGACAGUGUUUUAGCAUUCUGGAGACAUGGUAUGCAAGGUCGAAGCUUCAGGUAUAAUGAGAUUACACAGGAGAUCUCAGAUAAUACAAGGAUAUUCAGGCUACUUGGAUCAGACAGGGUUGUAGUCUUGGAAAGCAGGCCAACGGACGACCCUACAGCACACAGUAACCUUUACAUCCUGGCAGGACAUGAGAACAGCUAUUGAGCUUCUUGUAUACUCUUUGCCCAACGACACAGAAUAUGAUCAUCAAACUUUUUGGAUCUUUGAAAUAUUUGCCCUAGUGGUUGAGUGUUGAAGUUACAAGUCAGACAGCCACCAUCAUAACAGUAGAAAGAUGUCACCAUAAUGCUUUAAAUUAACUUAAAGAAAAAAGAUAAAAAAAAUUUAAAAGGAAAAACAGUACAGUUUCUAUUUUUUGUAGUACUACACUUUUAUUAUUAUUAUUAUUAUUAUUAUUUUCAUAGCACUAAUACCGACCACAAAAGUUCUGAAGGUCUAACUGUUGUAGGCUAAAUAUAGACAUCAAUUUGAAAUGUAUAAAUAUACGUUAUGUAGAUAUCUAUUCAUAUCCAGUUUACUGAUAUUUGUAGAAAUAUUAUGUGCAAUUUAUGUAUAAUAACAAAUUAUGAAGGUUUGCUUUUAGGUCACAUGUUUAUUGUGCAUGUUUUACAAAAUCAUUAAGAAGUGCCCACCUUCAUCGACUUUUAUGCUUUUUUUUAUAGUUUUCCAUGUUUUAUACAAAGCUGUGUUAAUGAUUUAAAGUUUUAUUCAAAACUUGCUUUUUUUGCACAGUAAUUCUAGAUGUUAUCAAGUGUGUGUCCACAAAUCCUGCACAUGACUGUAUGUAAUGAAUAUAAAUGGGGCCAUAGCUAAAAUUUCACUCGCUGUUACACUUCAUACUGAAAGGGAAAUAGAGGUCUAACAACCUAGGGUCUAUUUUUGGAUGAUGAUAAAUGUACAUUUUUGCUUGGGACCAAAGCGACGUUAAUUGUUGCAGUUUUGUGUUAGACCGGAAUAUGCGUUUACAUGUACAGCUGAAUAUCAUAUAGCAUAGUCUUUGUGGGCAAGAAGGUAAAGAAAAAUCACUAUGCAGUCAGUGCAUAAACUCUUCUUCAGGUUGUCGUCAUCUUGUGAGAACAGAGUCUGCACAGGCCAAUUACCGAACUCUAUUGACAGUAGUUUGUGCCACAUUCAGUAAUCCACUAAGCUGCCCCCAAAGGCUAAGCUAUAUCCUAUGUUGUUGUUUGACUGGAGUUUCCCUUUAACCAGGCUCAUCUUAUAAGAUAUGCCCACUGACUGAAUGUGGAGUUGUAUUUAGGUCAGACCAUGACAGAAUCAAAGUAGAAAAUGUCAUAAAGAGUUUACUCUUGUUUUCAUGGGCUACAUAUAGGGCUACUGAUGAAGCAUUUUAAAUAACCCAGACAAUGGUACAGAAACUCAACAAAUAAGGUACAAACUGAAUAAAAAAUAUUGUUGACAAUGAUAAUAAAUAUUCCUGUUUAAUAUAA